CUCAACUUGGUUAACAACCUCAGCGAUGGACCACUCCUCAGCGGUUCUCGAUGCAUAUGUCACCCUCACGUCUGAAGAUGUUCAUCGUAUAACGGCUCUGGCGAAGUCGCUAGUGGCAACAGAAUUUCCAACUGGUGGCAGUUCGGAAAAAGUCGAAAUUCCUGUACACCCACAAAAUUUUCUGCGCUACUUGCGAGAAAUGGAAUCGUUGGGAACUGCAGCGCGGGGCUCUCUGGAGCAGGCGGAGACGUGUUACGAACAACUUACUAGGGAGAUCAAAGAAUUGUCGAGAUCAAAGCCUUGGAGAAAGGACGAGUACAUUACCGAAACCAGAGCGAAAAAACUGACAUAUUUACUCAAUAAAGUUGCUGAUGCUCGGAAGGGCUUCGAAACUUGUGUUGAAAAACAGAAGGCGAAAGCGGAGAAGGCGUCGAGGGCGCGCGAAGACGUCGCGCAGAGUUUGCAGAAAACUGACCAGUUGAUUGAUCUCAUUGAUGCUAAACUCAACAGUGCCAUUCGGCAACCUGCCGAACUCACGCCUGGAAACUCCCAGGGUGGUUUUGGUGAUGGGCCGACAGCAGUAGUGAUGGCUGGUCGUAGACAAACGAAACGGCGGCGAUCAUCGAGUUCAGCGUAUAAUACCAUUAGCAAACGUAGCAGAGGACGGUAACUACUCUUA